UUAAGAAAAGCGCCCUCAAGCAAAGUCUUGUUAUGUAAACAGUUCAACCAUGGUUCAAUACUACAUGUACAUGACACACAAAAGAACCUCCAACCAUACUUUUUCAACUAAGUUCUCUAUUGGUUAAGUUAUCAGAAAAUUUGUUUAAAAUGAAGCGUGUUAUCACUAAAUCAUCCUCACACUGCCUUAUUAAUAAGCAGCCAGGUGUGUUUUUGUGUGGUAUGCAUGGAUAUGAUCGACGAAGAACAAUAACAUAUCCUACCACCAGUACCAUGCCAAGAUCCUGGGUACCCAGGCCAAUAUUUGGUCUGAAGAGACACACCGUCUCAGGAAAUGUAUCAUUCCACACAACGUCUUUGCGGUCUGCGUAUCAACUUAAGAAUAACUUAAAAGACUGUUACAACCUGCUGAACGUUAACCCGGAGAACAGCAACAUUUCCGAUGUCAAGGAGGCCUUCUUGAAGCUAGCCAAGGAAUAUCAUCCUGAUAGUAGGUCCAAGACAGCAGAUGUGCAGAAGUUUAACCAAGCAAAAGAUGCUUAUGAAGCGAUCCGCGCUGACCAUGAGGCGAGACACUCAAUGGAAGAGAAGCAUUUUGAGUUUGACAUAAAUCACACAGCCCCACAGCAUCGGCAAUAUUUAGAGUUUGAAGGCAUCGGAUCUGGCACCCCAUCCCAGCGACAAAACCAUUACCAGAAGUUCCGCGUGGAAAGAGCGGUGAACACCGUCUCCGAGCGCCGGAUCGAGAAAAUCAUGUAUGACAGAGAAACCUCUGCCCUGGUCAGUCUAGACAAGAAGGCAGCCAAGCAGGUUAAGACUUCCAACUUUAUCGACAGGCUUGUCGAAGACCUCAUCAAGGAGGCAAUCAACAAAGGGGAGUUUGACAAUCUCAAAUACACGGGGAAGCGACUCCCAGACAAGACCAUCUCCUGUCCCUACUGGGACGUCAGCGAGUACAACUUAAACCAAGUCCUGGUGAAUAACGGCUACGCCCCAGAGUGGAUCCAAGCAGAGCGGGAAAUCAGAGGGAAGCUUCAGGACCUGAAAGCAGACCUCCUGAAGGCCAGACUUAAGCUAGGACCCGAACCCCUGAAUGACUUCAACUGGAACAAGUGGCAGCAUCUUCAGGAGAGCUUUGCAGACGGUAUUAAGAAGCUGAAUAAGAAAGUCGAGAGACGGAAUCUGAUUGUUCCGUUGAUGCGUCUGCAGAUGGUGAACUUCUGUCCCCAGAGAGAAAUUGACAAAGUUCUGAAGGAGUACGAAAAAAACUAUGUGGAAAGGACUCAGAAAAACCACCCAAUAACUAGUGAGCCUUCUGCACAUCAAGGAGAGGGUCUUAAAACAAGUUUUCUCAGUAAAAUUGGGGAUAAGAUUUUUCAGAAAAUGUUCUUUCCUGAUAAAGAGAGGAUGGAACAUUGAUAUAAUAUGAUUUUUUUUUAGUUUAUGAUUUGCUAGAUAACCUCUUUAUAACAGGAACAUUGCGAUUAGAAGACAGCAAACCAAAGAGACACCAAGCAGAAAUGAGGUUCAGGACUUCAAAAUGAACUCUUUAUACAGCAGAACCGGUUUGCACCCUGCUGUUUUUUAAACGAGUUUUGCCUGUAUGACAUUGGUUGGCUGAUCACAGUUUACGGAUAUUUUGUGCAUAUUUUUGCUAUCAUGUUUUAUUAAUUCAAUUUUUGUUUGCCAAAGCAGCUCUAUGAAAACUGAAAACCGGGCCCUGCAGAAAUCCAGGAGCCAAUUUCGGAGAGCUGCUUUGAAAGACAGAAAAUAUUGAUUUUUUAUUUUUUAUUUUUUUGGAGCAAUUAAUUAGCAGGAAGCAAUUGCAAAUUAUGCAGAGAGAGUACCAGUACUGUAAACUAUUUUUAUGAUAAAUUACUAUUGUGAGAUUUUAUAUUAAAAAUAUUUAUGAGGAUUCUCAUUUGAUUAGUUAUUUGUCUCUUUGUUUGUUUGUUGGUUAUUGUUUGUUUCAGUGGUAAGAGUCAUCGCUAACGAACCGGUCUCAG